UUAACUUCCGUUCCCCGUGAUACCGGAGUGGAGUUCUGACAACUGAGGCGUCACUCAGUGCAUUUCCACCCCAAAACCUCAAAAAUCACCUUUUAACACCAUUUACGCUCUCAAGUGCCUCACUCUCCGCCUGAAGUUUCAGCGACCGGAGGGCAGCUGAUUAUGGUGUAACACGGAGCGCUAGCUCGGAGAUUACAGGCAUUUGAGUAGCAGUGCAGCGCAAGGCAGACGAAAGCAGAGCGCUGCAGAGUAGCCAUGCUUACAUUGGCUAGUAAGCUGAAAAGGAAUGAUGGAGCACAGACAAGCCGUACCUCAGGAGGCUCUGACUCAACUCACAGGGUCUCAAUAAGGGACCGUCUCCUUACCAAAGAAGUUGCAGAACUUGAAGCCAAUCUUCCUAGUACAUGCAAAGCCAAUUUCCCAGAUGAGGACAAGCUGCACCAUUUUCAGUUGGCAGUGUCUCCUGAUGAAGGUUACUACCAAAGUGGCAGGUUUCAGUUUGAAAUAGAUGUCCCAGAAGCCUAUAACAUGGUGCCUCCAAAAGUGAGAUGUCUGACUAGAAUAUGGCAUCCAAAUAUCACUGAGAAUGGAGAAAUCUGCCUGAGCCUUUUACGUGAACAUUCUAUCGAUGGAACAGGGUGGGCUCCCACCAGAACAUUAAAGGAUGUGGUCUGGGGAUUGAACUCGUUGUUCACUGACUUGUUAAAUUUUGAUGAUCCAUUGAACAUUGAUGCGGCAGAACAUCAUCUGAGAGACAAGGAGGAUUUCCGUAAUAAAGUUCAAGAUUACAUCCAGCACUACGCCAGAUGAUAAACGCAUCGUGCUGCACCAAACUGCUCCACAUUUGCCUCAGCUUAUCUCGGCCAGGUUCACACCGAAUCAGUAGCUGGCCGUCGUAACGUUCUACUCUGCUCACCUGAUUGCAAUAAACCUCAACAUUUUUAAACAGCAGAACAGUCAAGUUUUGAGGAGGGACACGUCUACACAAAGCACUAUGCUUUAUUUUGGAGUGUUUUGGGGAGGACAGUGUCUGAUCCGUGUGAUGCAGUCACUGAAUGAAGCUGCUGGCUUGAUGCUAAAACAGCCAAUGUCUUGCGACGUGAUGAAUCACAAUGAACGUCUGUAUUUGUUUUAAAGAUGAAUAACUAUAAGAAGGUUUAUAUGUGUCAACAGUUGUGAUGUUCCAGUGCCUGCAAUGGUCGUGUUGGGAAAGAGAAAAUGAACACAUUUACACGUUUCUUUCCAUGUUGCGCUAUGCUAUUACGGUAGUCCUCAUGUACACGUGCUGCAAAUCAUACAGCUCCCAGCUCACAAGACAGCAUUUGAAUGAUUAGCACCAUAUCGUCUGUUUGUUGUCAUUCUCUUGCAUGUUCACACAUAUAACUUUGAUCACCUUUGUAUGUUUCCCUCUUAUAUGCAGAGGAAGUGACUACUGUACUACAACUGGACAUACUGACACAUUUUGUCUUCUGCUGAUUGUCGUUCCGUCUGUUUUCAUCUGUCUGAUGUCAUUGUGUCACACAAAAACGCACACAUAAUCACAUGUACCUUCACAAUGGAUCUGAACAAAAAACUAUAUUGUCUUCCUAAUUUGCCCAAAGACGUUGAAAAAUACCGCCCAUUUGCCCUUACUUAAACCAUUUUUGACCCCUAAAUGCAAUAUUGCAUUGUUUUAUUUGAUUUAAGAAUAUAAGGUAUGGUUGUGGUCUCCAGCAAUUUGGAUUUAGAGUUAAAAAGCUGCAGGGGUUUUUAAACCUGAUCUAUUUUAACACAUAUACAGUAUAUCCUAAUGAGUCCAAGCGGUGGAUAGAUGGCAUCAAAAAGUCAACAAUUCAAAGUGUGAUGAUAUUUUAACGUUAUGUUUUACUGUGUGAGCCAGUACAGUAAAACCGUUCACCACUUUGCUAUAGUGAGUGUAGACAGUGAACACACCAUAAUGUACAACCAAUGAGACCGCAGUAAAAAGAAAAUUAAAAAGUUCCAAAUUAAUGUGACCGUACGUGGACAUAUAAUUUAGUAAUACCGUAAAAAUGAAAUAUAUGUACGGUAAGCUGGUUGCAUAAUCCUGCAUUCCUAAAAAUGACUACUUUGUUGAUUUUUGAAGUACAAUUUGUUCUACAGUAAAGCUUUUGACAAAAAAUGAAACGUACGGCAAUUUUUCCCAUAGGAAAUAAUGUAAAUGUAAUUUAUUUGUUGCAGAAACCCAAAAAUGUUACAAAAUGAAUUUUAUAGAGAAUAAUUAUAGGUUUACAUGUAUGACUGGAUGGAACUCAUUGUUGAUGGGCACUUCGUUUUGCAGAAUGCCGCAGUGGAACCUCAGUUAGCGUAUGCCUCGGUUAGUGUCUUUUUCGCUCAAAGUUUUUCCUCGGUUUGCGAACAUUUUCUGGUUGGCGUGCGUUUUGUCAUGUUGUUAACACACUGCGUGAGUUACAUACCGUUAGAAAAUUAAGGCAAAACUUUCGAUGAAAACCGAGGUUUGACUAUUUUUUAUUAGCUUUUUUAAAAAAAAUGUAAUGGGUACGUCAUGUCCUACUACUACAUGUAGUAUCUGCAGUGCUGGGAAAUCAAGCAGCAUUUGUGGUCUUAGGUGCAGACUGCUUUGCUCGAGGACAACUUGUUCUUUCGUGCUGGUGGUGAUUCUCCUUUGCUAAGCUGAGUAACACAUCCAGUGAGCCUUUGCCAUUGUGGGAAUUGGCUAGUGAAAACCAGCUGCGUAUGUAUGUGAGAGAUGAGAAUACAGACUGCCACAUGCUGAGCCAGCGACACUUUGUACAUCUGCAUCUAGCCACCAAUUUGUCUCCUACCUUUGAGCACCGAACUGCUUUUCUCCUUCCAUUCUUUGUGUUUACAUGUCGGCAUGAGGAAAUGUGAUGAUGAAAGAUGACGUUCAGUGCGCGUGUGUUUGUGUGUUUUCAAGUAAUGUGACUUGGUGGCAUGCUUUGACUCCCUCCAGCCCGUUCUUUUUCUUUGUGUCGAGAAUUGCAGUCCACAGUCAAAAAGUGUGAAUUAUUGUUACGGCAGAACAUGUGAUGGCGUGCACCUUUGCCAAGAUAAAAGGAUUGAAAAGUAUGACAACACGAGUAAACGAAGCCAAUGUGAGCAGGAUGUUGCGGUGUUUGCCCAGUAUUCAUUUUAGCCUUACUAACACUGACGUUGCAUUGCAUGUCCUUUAUUUUGGCGGUGUGGAGUGAUUUAUUUUUCCAAGGCUGCUGUUUGGGAAAUCUGCAUGGGCACACACAUAUUUGGGCUAGGUGAGAAUUAAGAUUGAAAGCCAGUUCUUAAAAUUCUCAACUGCGUCUCUCUCAGAUUGUAUAUGCAUUUUUUAAAGAAGUAUUAAAGAGGAUAUAAAGCCUA